AUGGAGCACCCCAAGAAACGUCAUAGGGUCCCUGCUUCUUGUUCUGUAUGCAGAAAAAGAAAAUCAAAAUGUGAUCGAAUUAAGCCAGUAUGUGGAACUUGUAAAAAGAAAUCAAUAGCCCAUUUAUGUUAUUAUGAAGGUGACUCCAAGGAUCCAACAUCAUCAACUGUGUCAAUCAAUGAAAUCAUCCCUUUACCUGUGCCAAAUCAAUUCCAAGCACCACCAGAUCAACAACCUUUACCCCACUAUUAUCCCAUCCCACAAGCGCUUCCACCCCCACCUCCACAUUUGCAACCGACAACGGUUAUGCAGCAUCAACAACCACCACCCCAGCAAUUUAAACAUAAUCAAUUACAAGGUCAAGUCCCAAAUCAACUAAUUCCUCCACCUCAACAUCAGAUACCUCCUCCCGGUCUUGCUGCACAACCAGUAACUCAAUCACAACCUCCGAGCUCUAGUACAGCUAGCAAUAUAACUAAUGGUGGAAAUAAUAAAAGUAUAAAUCAAUCAAAUAAUAGCAUUAACACCAAUAAUAAUCAAAUUGGUUUUCAUUCACCUACAAGUACAAGUAAUUUAAGUCCUGGAUCACAGGUUCCGUUUUCUCAAACUCAAUCAAACAAUCAAACACCAUUGAUACCACAACAAUCUCAAUCAGUAAAAUCUCAAUCUAUUUCUGGAUCCCCUCCUAAUCACAAUAUAUCCAAUGUCACUUCAUUUUCAUCUUCUCCUUUGGUUGCUAUACCGCUUGGUUCUAAUUCUACGCUUCAGGUUAAUCCAGAUGAUCAAAUGAAUAUAUUUACCAAUGCUAGUUAUUCAUUAAAUCUCGAAGGUUCAUUAUGGCAGGUCCAGGGAACAUUAUCAUAUAUAGGAUUAACCAAAAGUGAUCCAUUCAUUAAAGUAUUGAGAAAUUAUGCGGUGCUUUUAUUUAAAUCAGGUGAAAUGACAAAAUUUAUCAAAACUGAAACUGUAAGGAGGAGGAAAAGGUCAAUCUAUUCCUCAAGUGGAGUUCCAUCUGCAAGCACUCCUAAGCGUCCAAAGGUGGAUUCUUUUGCAACUUCUUCAUUGGGACCUUCUCCAAGCUCGUUAACGAUGGAAAAUGAACAGAAAAAGGAUAUUGAAGAUCCUGAAGAUCUAGUUGAAGCCGAUGCAUUGAUCGUUACCCAAAUAAAAGUUAACAAAGAUGACGACGACGAUGAUGAAGAAGAGGAUGAAGAUGGAGAAGAUAGUAAUAAAAUUACUGGCCAUGAUGUAGAUCCUAGUAAUAUCAAAGCGGGAGCAAGCAGCUCCACUAAUGAUAAAAAUGGUCAUUGCUCUCUGGACGUUAUAAGCAUGCUACCAAAUCUUAGAAGGUCAUUAUUUUCAGGUAAAAAGAGUAGAUCAGAAUAUUUUAAAUUGAUUGAAAAGAUUGUUAUUAGUAUUUUACCAAACAAAUUAAACAUGUUUAUGUUAUUUUGUCGAUUUUUUAAAUAUUGUCAUCCAUUUAUACCAAUUCUAGAUGAAAAUUCAUUAUUAAUUGAAUUGAAUACUUUAUUAGAUAAUUUCCCUAAUUUUACUAGAGAUUACUAUACUGAAAUUUCGAUUGAAAAUGAAAAUGAUUUAAAUGUUAUUGGGAUUUUAUUAGUUAUAUUAAGAAUUGGGUAUAUGAGUUUAAUUCAUAAUGAUGAUGUCAAUAACGUUUAUACCGAUGAUGAAAAGUCCAUGAUAAUGGAUAUGAAACGAGUUAAUUCCGAGAAUUUCACCAGUAUUUCAAAUAUCUGUAUAUCAGACGAGUUAAUCGCUGUUAAAUCAUCAUUUAGAUUAGUCCAACAUUUAGCAUUGGUGUAUUUCUAUCGUCAAGUUGCUCCUGAUGAUUGUCAUGGAUUAGGUGGUGCAGAUUCUAAUAUUCUAUUUGGAGUCAUUGUCCGUCAUGCCAUGUCUAUUGGUUUAAACCGUGAUCCUUCAUUUUACGUUGCUCAUGAUGUUAUUAUUAAACGGGAAGCAUUGAUUAAAUCAUGGAGAAAUUUAUGGAAUUAUAUCUUAACUACUGAUGCAGUAUCAGCCAUUCAUGCUGGAACCACUUUAAAUAUUCCAAAUAUUGAAAUUUGUGAUGUGGAGUUACCAUUGGUUGAUGAAGAUAAAAGUGGUCACUUCAACGAUACGAUUAGGAGAAUCCAAACCAUUUGUGAAUCUUAUCGAAAUAUAGUUAAAAGGAUUAAUAAUGUUCACAAUAAACCAAGAGUUAUUGAAAUGUUAUUAGAAACAAAUCAAUUAGAAAAGAUAUUUUUUGAUUUCUUUGGUAAAGAUUUCUUUAAGGACUUCAUUUGUAAACCAGCCAAAGUUCCUGAAGAUGGAUCAAGUUUUGAAUCUGGUAGUAAAGAUCAUGAAGAAAGCUUUCUAAAAGUUAUUAAGUUUUGUACAUUUAUUCAAUUAAGAACAAACUUAUCUUGUAUGUAUUAUAUGAUUGCAAUUCAUUAUGAAAAUGAAUAUAAUGAAUCUCGGACUCCUUCUAUGAAUGCUGGUAUUGAAUUAUUCAAAAUUUAUAUUAAAUCUGUGGUUCAAUUAGUUUACAUAAUGUCAUAUGUCUUGGAUAAUUCUGUGGAAUUGUUUGGUAAAGGUUACGAUUAUUAUUUAACUGCCAAUAAUGAAAGAUGUAUGAUUAAAACCCAUAGUUUCCUCACAUCAUUCUUUGCUAGAUUGUUGCAUUAUAAGAUGAAUUUAACUUUAUCAGUUAGAAGUGAUCCAUCCAUCAAACCAAAACUAGAUGUUACUGAUAGCUUAUUUUCAAUGGUUUUAAUUGAAUCCGAAUUAUUUGUGGGUAACUUUAGGAAAUUAAGUCGAACAUAUAUUAAUUCUUAUAAGUUAUAUGUUAUGACCUAUUUUGUUUUGAUGCAAUGUAUGGAAAACCCUAGUGUAUUCUUUCAAACUAGUAUUCAAUAUCCUCGAUUUUUUCAUAAAGGUACCAACAUGUUAGAGUUUUUUACCAUAUCUGAAUUACAUUAUUUAUGUAAGUUAUGCGAAGAUUUCAGAUCAGCCAAGGAAGGACAACAAAAGUUUAAGAAUGCAAAAGUCAAUCAAUUACAAAAGCUGGAUCCUACCAAACAGUCUGCUACAAAUGCUGCUGGAGAUCCUUUGCAAAAAGCAUUUGGUCAUCCAGCUCCGCCAUCAUCAUCAAAUAUUUCUACUAGUUCAAUAUAUAACACCUACGCUAACAACAUGCUGAAGGAUGGAUUUCAAACUAAAUCACAUUUGUCGCAGUUCAACUCCCAACCUCCCCUCAAUUCAGCAGAAGCAUCGAGAAAUAUUUACGAUAUAUUUGAUCAACCCAAUUUAGGAGGAGAGGAUAUUUUAAAAUUAUUCGAAGUGUAUGGUGAUCUUGAUAAAGAGCUUUAA